CAAUCGAAUUUAGUUGAUUGCUUUGGAUUGUUCGGUACGGUUGCAUUUCACACCUCGGAACAUCGUUGCUUGUAAUUGUUCAAAUUCGGAACGGUCUCAAAUUGGUAAUAUGAGCUACGGAUGAUGGGUGCCAGUAAAUCGAAUGAGUGUAGCCAGACGUGGCGGAUUCGGGAAUCGAUUAUCAGUGGACUUUGUCUGUGGCUUCUGAUCGGGAUUGAAUCUGUGGAUACUCAAGAAUGCUCAUCAGCAACAUUCGAUUUCAACGCACAAGCAAUAUCAGUCGGAAGCAUCUCGGCCACUGCCGUCAAUACCGAAAUAGCCAGUUACACGGUCAGUAAUGUCGAAAAAGUGUCCGUAUCGGCCCUGCAAGGAUACAAUUUGUAUCUCGAUGCAGUGCUCGAAACUACACAGCAAACCACACGGCUCAAUAUAAAAACGGACGAAAAAUUUGCGGACUUUCUGCUAACUGAAACCAUCCCAGAGCUGCGGGCUCAGCUGGAUUUCACGUGCUCCUCUUCGACCACAAGAACCAUUCGCAUCCAGGUGACGAUCCGGGAGGAAAACCUGUACGCUCCGACUUUCAAGCCAGAGGAAUACGUCAUCCAGCUGCCGUUGCCGUUGCCGAAGAACUUCGAUCUGACCCAGUUCGUGAACGAGGGAAAAGGCAUAAUCGCUUACGACUACGAUUUGACCGGGAACGAAGUCGAUUUCUCAAUCGAAAAUAACGCUUACUUCCAAGUUGAACAGAUACCGGGAGCAUCCGGGAAGGAGUUCAUAGCAAGACUCCGGACCCUACAAACCCUAACACAUAUGGAAGCUACCGAAUUGAAGAUAACUGGAACCGAUCGAGGAAACCCGCCUAAGAGCGGGACAGCACAACUGAAGAUUUCCGGAGAUCCAUUGAUUCCUUAUAUUACACCACCCCAAUUUGUGGAGUCUCUGUAUCGGAGAACGUACAAACGAACGGAAACCUUUGUGCCUGUUGAAGUGGUUCUCAGUGCUGGAACAUUCGAUGAUACCGUCAAUUUCGUGCUUAGUGGAGACAAUAGAGAUUUGUUUACGGUAACGGCGAAAUCCGAUCAUAGCGGAGCUUCCGUGACGCUGAAGUCAGGCGUUACAAUCGAGGAAACAACGAACUUCUUGAAUGUAUUGGUUACUGCUACGAGAGUGGGUGCGGAGAUGAACGGUCGAACGGCGAUCGUGGUAGAAGUGGAACCAGAAGUGAAGAUACUUCCCGCUUUUGAGCAACCUAUUUACAGCGGGACGAUCGGUCAAGAGAAGGAUAUAAGUCUAACGAAUCCAAUAAAAUUGGUGGCUGCGACCAUUGUAGAUGGGGUUCAGGUAACUCUGGACGGAGAAGAUGCGGAAUUUUUCGUGUUUUCAAACAGUGCAGGAACGAUAUCGCUACGACCUUCUGAGAAAUUGACGGAAGAGGAAUUGAAUGGGAAAUUCUACUUCCACGUAACAGUUAAAGCUAGUAAACCUGGAAUUGGUAGUAACGUAGCUAUCGUUGUUCUGGAAGUGCUGAAAAAGGAUGUUGUAGUUCCUAAAUUCGAACAACUGUAUUACGAAGGAACCAUUACUGAGGAAGGGCUGGCAACGAUACCAGAAAUAAAGAUCAUUGCUAGCACUUUUGUAGAAGGGUUGGAAUUCAAUAGAGCGGGUGAAGCAGAUCUUUUCAGUAUCUCUCAGGAUGGAAAUAAACUAACAUUGGUUCCGAAUAGCAUCACUGAAGAAAAACUACGUGAUAAGUUUUAUCUUAUAGAAAAAAUUAGCGCCGUUCUAGAGGAUCAAGUCGUUGCGGAAACGAUAGCUAUAAUCAAGGUUGUCAGAUCGGAGAUCAUCGUCCCAAAAUUUGAAGAGAACCUUGUUCAAGGACAACUCGCUGAAGGAAAUCUACAAUUGACUCCGAUGAAAGUGAUUGUUGACCCCAAUACUUAUAAUAGCAACACUGAGGUGGUUCUAAAAGAUUCAAGUAACUUGCUAGUGCUGACUCAAUCCUCAACCAGAAACGAGUACACCAUCGGUUUACGUAGUGGAGCACAGUUGCCCACGACAUCACAUAUUACUGCCAUUGUUGAAGCCACCAAUCCCAAGUCUGCUACGGUUCAUUGCUUUGUGCUGAUCGAAGUCAUCCGCGAACCACUGAUUGCACCAGAAUUCGAGAAAGCUCUAUACGAAAGCACUAUUAACAGCAAUGGUGUGCUUCAAGAGCUGAUACUCAGGAUUAAACCGGAAACUUACGAUAACACGAUUGUCUGUAGCAUACAGGACGCUGAUGCGGAGUUCUUCCAGUUGCAGAAGUUGGACAACAACAUCCAAAUUAUACUGAAGGAUUCAAUAUCCGAAGAUGCUUUGGAAAAUCGCAAUAAUCUACGCUUUAGUGUUCGAGCUGUGAAACCUUCUUCCCUCGAUGCCAUUGUUCCGGUAAUAGUAUUCAUCGAAAAGGCGAAAGUUCAAGCACCGCGAUUUGAAAAAGCCUUAUACAAAUCCAACAUUCGUCCAGACCUUACGUUGGUUCCUUUCGAGACGAUGAAGCUGGAAGAUGGCACUGGAUCCGAAGGGCUCGAAAUUCUGAUUACGCAGAAUAAUUCAGAUCUUUUCGCAGUCGAAAUAGAUCAAGACAGUCACAUCACGAUAAGUUUGCGAAGAAUUUUGACGCCACAAGACGUGGAAGGGCUUGAACGAUUCGAAUUUGUACUUCAAGUUACGAACCCAGGAGUCGGGUCUGCUUUUGCUACGAUUGUCAUUGAUAUUGAACGCAGUCCUGUGAUAGAGCCAGAGUUCACGGAAGUUUCGUAUCAUGGGACAUUGCAGGAAGGUGCUCAGGAGAUCAUUUUCACGGACAAAAUCACUCUAAGAGCAGAGACCAUUGCGAGUGAUGUGCAUUAUGCCUUGUUAAGCGGUGAUCACGCCUUGGUUGAACUUUCCAAGAACGAAGACGCCAGCCUGAAGUUCACGUUGAAGUCUGAUGUUACCGUGGAUCAGUUGAAGGGUAAGGCCCAACUCAACUUUGUUGUCCAAGCCACAAACCCAGGAAGCUCACCUGCGUCAGCAAGUAUAGUUGUCCAAAUCGUCCGGCCAGUACGAGCCGUUUUCACCAAGUCUUCAUUCAGUGGAGUCCUCACCGAAGGUCAAACCCUCGUAGCAUUUUCAGAUAAAAUAGAACUUGUUGAAGGGACUUUUACGGAUGAAACUGCUCUACAGCUAAACGAAGGCGAUUCGAAUUUGUUCAAGGUUACGGUCAGCUCCGAAAAGAUCAUCCAGAUAUCGCUAGGAUCCGAAAUUCUAUGGACUCAAGUUCGGUUUCAUCCUUACAUAACCUUUAAACUGACAGCUACGAAUCCUGGAUCGGAACCAAGCUCAACGACCAUCCUUAUCAACAUUGUCAACCACCCAGUGCCCACCCCAGCUUUCACGAAGACCUUCUAUCGAGGCUCCCUGCAGAAAGGUGUCCACGAGGUUACUUUCCCUGCAGGUGAAGUCAUCACCAUCGAAUCAGAAACAAUCACCUCCACCUUUCUCUUCCGCGUUCUUGACGAUGACGAUGGCGCGCUAUUCGACGUAACUCGCGAAGAGAACAAAUUCAAGGUCUCACUGAAGUCCACUGUGGACGAACAGACUAUUGAAGGGCGUGACCUCCUUAGCUUUACGAUCGAAGCCAACAACGAGUUUGGAGAAACGGAUCGAGCUACGGUUAUUGUGAGCAUUCAGCUAGAUGAGAUCGUGACUCCAACGUUUUCCAACAAUCUAUAUCGAGGAUCAAUCAAAGAGCGGACCACCGAUGUAUCACUCACAACGACGAUCGGUUUUCUGGCGGGGACGUCGAGUAGUAAUACAGAGGUUGGCCUAGUUGACGGUGAAGCAGACUGGUUUACGGCACGGUACGCAAACUCACAAGUGACGAUCGCUGUGAAAAAUGAGGACGUAAUCGACUGGGAUGACAUCAACGAUCGCAGUUAUUUGAGUUUCGCACUACAAGCUACAAAUCCGGGAAGUACGGCUGCAUCAGCUUUCGUAACCUUGGAUAUUCAACGGGACGUAAUUCCUAUGCCUAGGUUCAAGGCAUCAUCGUUCCAAGGAGUUUUGCUAGAAGGAUCAAGUGAUGUACAAUUUUCGGAAGGAGCGUCGAUCGAGUUGAUUGACGAUAGCUUAGUGGCUGGAUUCGAGAUCCAGUUGAUCGAGUAUGACCAUGAGCUGUUUGACUUCACUCAGGAAAGACUUCAGAUUAAGAUCUCGUUGAAGUCUGGGGUUCUUGGAGAAAAUCUCAAAGAUCGAACUUAUCUCCGAUUCACUGUCGCAGUGAACAAUCCUGGGAGUGAAACAGCGACGGCAAACGUUUUGGUGGAUUUGAAAUGGAAUCAGACUCCCGCGAAUACACCUCUCUUUGAAAAGUUCUACUACAAAGGCUCUAUCGGCCUGGAUCUUCAAAUCAAGUUGGAAGACUCGAUCCUUAUCAAAGAGGAAACGUAUACAGCGGAUGUGCUGUAUGGAAUCGUUGAAUCCGAUAACGAUUUACUUGUGGUGGAAAAAAGCAAUCGGGAAGUUGUGGUUAAACUGGCAAAAGCAAUCACGGAAGAUGACUUGAAAGGACUCGAAAGUCUACACGUUACAAUCAGAGCGUUCAACGAAAUGGAGAAAGAAAGUUUUUGUUUCCUUGUUGUAUCAUUACCAAGAGAAGGAGAAGAACCUUGUCGGACACCGACACUCGACUGUACAGAAUGCUACGACUGCUCAACGGGAACGCCCUUGGAAGAUGUUCCCGUAUUCGAGUACGGAAACUACCGUUUCUUCAUCAAGUCCGAUACGAUAGGUCUGAUCGGUACUGUUAAGGCUACCGUGAAGGAUCCUUUGAUACACCUGGAGCAUCGAGCUGAAAUCGACAAUGAUUACGUCAGUUCGAGAAUAACAUUUACUGCUGACGGCAUCUUGCGAGUAGAUCGAGCUCUACUACCCGGUCAGUAUAGCUUAAAAGUUACGGCUUUGAAUCCACACGCUCAGAAGCAGUCUUCUGUGAACGUCCUGCUGGACGUCACCCAAGAACAGGAAUGUCCAGUAGAUCCGGAUUCACCAAAGAUCACCACCGUUGAGAAGCUUCUGGUCAUUAAAACACUUGAAGAGGAAUCACCUCACCUUAACAUCUUCCCAUCUCAACUGAGUACGUGCGAGUACGAACUAGUGGAUGAAAAGCCUUAUCUUGGCUAUAACUAUUUUGAAAUCGACCCCGAAACACAUUGGCUUACAUCAAAAAGUUUCGAUCGAGAGAACACCACACUCUUCGAAGGAAUGACCAUACCACAGUUCCAAGUCCGGCUUCAUCUGGUUUGCCAGGAUCAAGCCCCGGCUCAGUCCCGUCGAACUGAGCGUUCCUUAAUCGAGUCCGAAGAUUUGAACUACGCUCGGGACGUUACAGUGGUCCAAGUGAUAGUGACGGACAUCAACGAUCACAGCCCAGAAUUUGUAUUUCCUUCUGGUAGCGAAUUCUUCCACAUUGGGUUCCCGGUUUCCACAAUCGCCUCUGGACUGAUGCUUUCCCAGCUGAUCACCGUACGAGCAGAAGAUGCGGACGAAGGGUUGAACGCGAAGAUCCGAUACAGUUUGAGAGGCACUCAAUCGUAUUUCGCAAUCGAACCGGAGACUGGAUUGGUAUACCCCUUAAAGGAAUCCAUGAAGUCAAGCUCAGUGGUUACGAUAACAGUGGUAGCCACCGAUCGUGAUGGAGCUAGUGACGGAAGAACUGCGGAAGUUCAACUGAUCGUACACCAACUAGAAGAGAAUCAUCUGGUGGCGCUGACCGUUCCCGGGCAGAUGGAUGAUGAGGAUGUGAUCCGUCAAAUCAAUUCUAACCAAGAAGGAGUUCAAGUGAAGGUACUGACACAGGCUAGAGUUCCAGAAAUCAAUGAAAAUGCUGACGACAAGUCAACGAGACAGUCUUCCUCCGAAGAUAGCGUCCUUCGAAUGAUCGUUUACGCACUCGCUAACGGAAACAUUGUGCAAAGCUCUGAUACCAUUAUGCGAGUAAUCGGAUCUUCUUCAGUUUCAUCGAGCGUAAGCAUAGAUUCGUUCAGGAGCGUAGCAUGCUCUGAAUGCAGUGGACAGCAAUCUGAUAGCGAAGACAAUGUAGGACUCAUAGUCGCCACGUCGAUUUUGGGAGCGUUGUUCGUGAUCUCCGCAGGUAUGGCGAUCUUCCUUUACCUACGUUACGUGCGGCCACUGAAGGGGACAACGGAAAACCCAUCGGACGUGGUCCAGUUGGAGAACGAUUUUGAUGUUUCACCCCCACCAUCGCCUCCAAGGUUGGGAGUUGGGAAACAGAUGACGGUCGAUGAACCUGAGAUGGAGGAACGCAAAGUUUCCAUUCAAAUUCUGGGCGUCACAGAUCAAGAAUCGGAAGACGGCAGGCUACCCAGGUCCCGCCUAGCCCAAUCUCUGGACGAUCACCUCGAACGAGGAGGCGAGUUCGGUACCAUAUCCUCACGGGGCACCAUCGAAGAUUCGUCAUCGCUGUCCUCAGUGAACGAACCUCGAAACGUUAAGUUCAACGAAAUGGUUGAACGAAUAGAAGUCGUUGAGCACCACAUAGAUGAUCAACGGCACCGGGUGGAUCUGGCUGAUGACGACUCGGUCUACAGCGAGCGGAUGUAGAGUUGUUAGGUUUAUUAUAUCACAAGUACAUUUUUAUUAAUAAAAUCUUUGUUCAGUACUAACGCUAUAAAA